CAAAAAUCCAGCGGAGAAUCAAAAAGUGCAAAAAAGAACUCCACACCAAUAAUUUCUCAGUUUUUUUUUAAUCAUUAUUUUUCAAGUGUUAAUAAAAUAUUAUAAAAUAAAAAAAAACAUAAUUUAUUUAUAAUAUUCCACACACAAUAUAAAUAAAUUAUUGAAAAAGAAUUACAACGUCCAGUUUUGUUUGUUAAUUUUUAUUAAUUUGGUCAUCAAAACCAACAAGAAAUAGAUAAAUAUUGAAUAAAAAAAAAAUAAUUAAAAAAACAUGUUCAUCUGGGAUUGGUUCACUGGUGUUCUUGGAUACUUGGGUCUAUGGAAAAAGUCAGGAAAACUUUUAUUCCUUGGAUUGGACAAUGCAGGAAAAACAACGCUGUUGCAUAUGUUGAAAGAUGACAAAUUAGCACAGCAUGUUCCAACAUUGCAUCCUACUUCUGAAGAAUUGUCCAUUGGUAAUAUGCGAUUCACAACAUUCGACUUGGGAGGUCACACUCAAGCACGUCGCGUGUGGAAAGAUUACUUCCCAGCAGUAGAUGCUAUCGUUUUCUUAAUCGAUGCCUGGGAUCGUACACGUUUCCAAGAAAGUAAAAAUGAAUUGGAUUCCCUGCUAACAGAUGAGGCUCUCUCAAACUGCCCCAUUUUGAUUCUCGGCAACAAAAUCGACAAGCCCGGUGCUGCCAGUGAAGAUGAAUUGAGAAAUGAUUUUGGUCUCUACAGGCUUACCACAGGAAAGGGUAAGGUAGCUCGAUCAGAACUACCCGGUCGUCCAUUAGAAUUAUUUAUGUGCUCAGUGUUAAAAAGACAAGGCUAUGGCGAAGGAUUCCGUUGGUUAGCGCAGUAUAUCGAUUAAUCGCCAUAUAGGAAACAAACAAAAAAUUAUAUAUAAAAUUGUAAAUUUAAAACAAACAAAAAAAAAUCUUGUAUUAAAACGAAAAGAAGAAGGCAAAGAGCAAAGAAAAGAAAAGCCUCGUUUUUUGCAUUGUAAAAAUAAGGGGUCUCAAUACGUAAAACUAAAACAAUCGAGUGAUAUCGUUUUGACAAAUAGAUAACCCUAUCACAGUUAGGGACAAUUAUCAGCAAAACUAUAUCGUUCGAUUGUUUUUUUAUUUUUAUGUAAUGAAGCCCAAUUUACAAUUUACCUUAAGAAGUGAUUUGUAAUCCAAUAUAAUAUUAAAAUUUUAGGCGCGUUCUUGAAUAGCCCAUUUAAAAGUUGCGUUUUGGCAAAUCCUUUGAGUGUUCAAGCAAUAUUUUACUUGCACAUUUCAAGACUGUUAAAAACGUAACUCGUAAGUGAUAUUCAGGAAAAAAACAACAAGAAAAAAAUAACAGGAAACUCUUUUUAAAAUUUAUUAUUUAUUUUAUCCAAUUGCUCUAUCUCUUACACACAAUUUUCAAUAAAAACUUAGAAUUGAUCCGUUAAUGUUAAAUUUCGGUACAUAAAACAGAAAGUCAUUUACUGUGAUUUAUCGAAAAUAAAUUUUUUUUUAUAAAUAAUCAUUAUUAUGUAAUAACAUUUUUUGUUUUGCAAUAAUUAUUAUGUUAUAAAAAAAAAAAAUAGAUUUGUAUUUUAAGUUUAAACUGGAAGUAGAUUGCGCAUGGUUGCAUAAAAUUUAAAGACAUCAACAAUAUAUUCACACAAAGUAAUUAAACAAAAAACAAAAC